CAUCGCAAUUUCAUUUUUUUGAUUGCAUUCAGCACAGAAAGAGUCAUGGCUGCCUUACUGAAAAGCUUCGCCUCGAUGUUCCUGCUUAUCGGGGUGCUCAGUAUUCUUACAGUGUCCGCUUGGGGACAAGGUGAUGAGGUGUUGUUUAGAGUUCACCAGCCUCUAGAAGAGGGAAGCGUCUUGAGGAUUGCUGGAAACAGCACUGAAUUCACAGAUGGGACCAUGAUUCGGGACGGUGAUGAUGUUUGGACUCUCAAAAUGACUCUGACCGGAGGAAAAUCAUAUCAAGUGUGGCUAGAGGUCAACGACUGUACUUGUAACGCAGACAAACCCUACACUUUUUCCUUGCCUGAUCCACCCUUUAUUGUUACAGAAGAUUUGACCGGCUACUUCGAUUGUAAUGACUGCUUACUGCCAACCCCAAGCCCACCUCCGCCCCCAAGCCCAAGCCCACCACCACCAAGCCCAAGUCCACCACCCCCAUUUCCUCCACCACCAAGCCCUCCACCUCCAAGUCCAAGCCCACCACCCCCAAGCCCUCCACCUCCAAGCCCAAGCCCACCACCUCCAAGCCCACCACCACCAAGCCCAAGUCCACCACCCCCAUUUCCUCCACCACCAAGCCCUCCACCUCCAAGUCCAAGCCCACCACCCCCAAGCCCUCCACCUCCAAGCCCAAGCCCACCACCUCCAAGCCCACCACCACCAAGCCCAAGUCCACCACCCCCAUUUCCUCCACCACCAAGCCCUCCACCUCCAAGUGCAAGCCCACCACCUCCAAGCCCACCACCACCAAGCCCAAGUCCACCACCCCCAUUUCCUCCACCACCAAGCCCUCCACCUCCAAGUGCAAGCCCACCACCCCCAAGCCCUCCACCUCCAAGCCCAAGCCCUCCACCUCCAAGCCCAAACCCACCUCCACCUCCGCCCCCAAGCCCUCCACCUCCAAGCCCUAGCCCACCCCCACCAAGCCCAAGUGAAUCACCGGUACUGUUUGUAGUUAACAAUGAACUGGAAGAUGGAGUGUAUAGGGUUGUCGGAAACGCUCCUGUAUUGGGCGAUGGGGACCCUGUUAAAGCUCCUAAUAUGAGAUACGACUCCACUCACCUUUGGUCUCUCGAAGUGGAUUUGACUCAAGGACAAACCUAUGCAGUGAGUCUAUCGGUCAACCAGUGUCUUUGUACAGGUGGUCCCACUGUUUUUACCGUGCCACUAAGUGAUCCUACUAUUCCUGAGGUCAAUUUGAACAACUACGUUUGUUAUCCUUGCCCAGCCCCACUUUAGAGCAAAUCGAUGAUUUUCAACACCAUUCGCCGCGUCGUUGAGAUGUUCUCUUAUGUGAAGCGUGUUGUCUAAGUAAACGGUGUAUCCCUCUAUCGUCACCGUUAUAAAUAAGUGCUGUAAUGUGUACCUUCGUGUGUUAUGUCUCUAUAUGAAUGGAAAUAUUAUGCGUGUUAUCUUUUGUUUU